AUGUCAGAUGGGCCGAUCUCCCGUGCCAGCUGCGCCGCCGUGCUGCUGCUGCGCCGCGCCGCCGGCCGUCGCCGUGCGUGCUGCUGCUGUCGCCGGCGCCGCCGCUGCCGCGCCGCGCCCGCCGCUGCCAGCCGCCGCCGCCGGCGCCUCCCCCUCCCCCUCGGUGUGUCGCCGAAGCCCAGCCGGCCGAAACGGCCAGCGACGCAGAGCAGAGAAGAAGCUAGGAAAGAAAAGGAAGGAAAGAAAAGAAAGAAGAAAGAGGAAGGAAGAAGAAGAAGAAAAAAAGAGAAAGAAAAAGAAAAAGAAAAAAAAGAGAAAAGAAAAGAAAAAAAGAGGGAAGAAGUUGGAAAUUUUCGGAAUUUCGUCGGAUUCAUCGUCAAACUUUCGAAGGCGAAUUCUCGGUGGUGCUGCUUUUGGGCGUUCUUGAUCGAAUUUCUUUCGUCGCUUUUGGUGAAAGGUAUGUUUAGUUGCUGACGUGCAUUGGGGUUGGAUCUGGGUAGUUGCACGCACGCCCUCACCACAAAGCCGAUAGUCACCCGGUGAUUGAGUUGAGCUUUGUUGAUGGGUUGGCGAUGGUUUUGGUAUAUGUUGUGGUGGGACGCUGGUAGCGUCGUGAAGGUUAUUUAUAUGAUGGUUAUAUCUGUUUUGGCUGUCUAAGAUUUGUUUCUUAUGGUCAGUUAUACCGCUCUUCAGAGGAAAUGCUGCUAAAAUUUCCUAUUUUCAGAUGAUUAGGCUCAGUUGGAGGUAGGGUGUUA